UUUCCAAUUCCACCUCAGAAAUGUCAUUAUCGAUACUAACAUCGCUCACCUACAUGCAAAAAGAUUCUUAAUAGUUCGAUAUAAACGUUAAGAAAAACGGUCGGUAUCCCAUAAAAUUAUGUAACUCAUCGCCUCGAUUUCCGCCCGUAAAAGUAAUAAUAAUAAGAUAACGAAAAAACACGAAGUGAUACGCGCAUAAAUUAAUUUUCUUCAAUUUAUUCUAAUGACCAGUUCGUUAUCUGUUACCCACUCAAAAUGAAAAAGUUGUUCUCCAAAAUUGAAACUAAAAUAGAAACGACGGGCAAAGAGGUCAAUAAUUUCGUCGGAAAAGUGUUUACGGUAGGAAGACAUACGGUGACAGUUGAAGAAGUUCUUGCGGAAGGUGGAUUUGCCAUAGUUUUUCUUGUAAAGGGAAACAAUGGCAGUAAAUAUGCCUUGAAACGAAUGUAUGUCAACAAUGAACAAGACCUUAAUGUUGCCAAACGUGAAAUUCAAAUAGCUAGUAAUUUAAGUGGUCAUAAAAAUAUUAUUGGUUAUAUAGAUGGUAGUUUAACAGCAACCGGGGGUGGGGUAUAUGAAGUGCUUUUGUUAAUGCCUUACUGUCAAAAUAGUGUGCUGGGUUUGAUGAAAUCAAGGGGAAAAGCCAAUUUUACCGAACAAGAGGUUUUAACUAUUUUUUGUGACACUUGCGAAGCUGUUUGUAGGUUACACCACUGCCAAACUCCAAUCAUUCAUCGAGAUCUAAAGGUAGAAAAUAUUUUGAUUGGUGAUAAUGGUAAUUAUGUGAUAUGUGAUUUUGGUUCGGCCACGGGACGUAUUUUAAAUCCGGCGGUGCAAGGAGCUACAGCGGUUGAGGAAGAAAUUAAAAGAUACACAACCCUUAGUUAUAGAGCCCCGGAGAUGGUUGAUAUGUAUUCAGGAAAACCAAUCACGACAAAAUCUGAUAUAUGGGCUCUCGGUUGCUUACUUUACAAACUAUGUUUUUUCACAUUACCUUUUGCUGAAAGCAGUUUGGCCAUUCAAAGUGGCGUCUUUUACAUUCCAGAUAAUUCUCGUUAUUCAAGAGGCUUACAUCAAUUAAUUCGAUACAUGUUAGAACCAGAUCCUGAUCGUAGACCAGAUAUUUAUCAAGUAUCAAGCAUUGCUUUUCCACUUUUAGGAAAAGAAAAUUGCGUAGUAAAUUUAUUGAACGUUCCUACACCGUCGUUAGAUGAAUUACCAUUUCCAUUAUUUGAAUCAGAAGCAAAGAAAACGCAAAUAAAACUCCCAAUGAAACCAAACGCUGGUGGUACCCCGAUUGUAGAAGGAACAAGUGUGAUGCCACGUCAACGUCCAAAGGGUAACUCCACUCAACCAUUAACUUUAAACAACAUCCCAUUAACACUUAGUCCAAGUCCAACGACUGUUAAAAAAUCCCAAAGCCCUGUUACUCAUUCCAAAUUAACCCCAAUACAAAACUUCAACCCCAAUUCCUCCUCGACAUCUAAUUACAUAAGUUUUCCCCAACAACAACAGCAACAAUCAUCAGCGAUUUCCGCUUUUCCUGUCCCACCACAAUUCUUCCCAUCACCAAACCAAGAGGAUCGCCCCCAAGAUCGAAACAACUUUGAGAACCUAUUCCAGUCUUCCAUUUAUCCAGACCCCUUUCGAGAUGAUUCCAACACAUCGCCAUCCGUUCCGGUUAAGAAUCCAGUUGAAUUUGAGGUGGAAGGACAAGGACAGGUGAUGUCAUCUCCGAUAUCGCCCGAUCGUAAUUUGAUGGCUCACGUUAGGGGGCAACAACAGCAUCAGAAGCAUAGUUUGAUCGAAUCUUCUAGCCAGUGUAUUGUUAGUUCAUCAGAUACACCUCCAAGUUCGCCGUCUCAUGCUAUUUCUAAGGGCCAUAGACGCAAUAUGAGUGAUACUACAGCUUUUAACAAAGUUUACGCAUCGGAAACAACACAAUUCUUGGCACCUUUUGAAUCAUCAAAAAAACCAAAACAAGACGAUGACGUCACUUCACCAACGGGAGAUAACCUAACGAAAAUGCCCAUGGUCCCAUUAGGAGUUUCCGCUUCUACCACUGAUGUUUCUCAUAACAUCGGUGUAGCAGAUAGCCGAUCCUUAUCGGCCGACGUCGCCGAUUGGAAUCCAUUUGAAGAACCGCCAUUCAGUCAACUGACCGAAGAUCAUCUUUUCGGACAAGAAUUUGAUAAGAUUCGACGUGGAAGUCAAAGUAAUAUAGGUAUACAAGGUGUUAAAUCUCGUGAGAGUUUAGUGAUGUCCGUUUCAGAAGAUCCAUUUAGCGGAGCGCCAUUUAGUCUUCCGAUAAGAUCGCGUCCGAAAACAACGGGUCUACAACAGUCCUCAGCGUCUCAAUCAAGCAAAUUAACAUUAUUUGAGUCCUCACCAGUUCAAAUACACCCAAAAGAACUCGAAAAUUUUUCCUCGGAAGGUGAAGACCCCUUAAUAAAUAGCACAGAUCCGGAAGAAAACCCGGACGUGGAGCUUGCGACGUCACCCCCGUUUAUUAAAGCACCGUUGGAGGAUCGAUCUAAAUACGAGAAAUUAACACAGAGUGGUUAUUGCAUCACAUCCGGUGACAGUUCGAAUGAAGAAAGCGGAAAUAAAUCGGAUAAAUUAAAAAAGAAGCGCAAAAUAAAAAAUAUUUAUAAAAACAUCGAGUUAAAAAGUUUAAAAGAAAAAAAUAAAAAGAAAUUGGAGGAAAAAAAGCGGUCCUCUUCAGUUGAUGUUAUUGACUCGGAUGAUUCAAUUGGAUCGGCAAGCGAUUUAAGGGCAACCGAAGAUGGUGAAGAGGCGGAAGUAAAAGUAUUAAAAAACGACGCGAUUAGCGAAACAAUAAGCGAAAGUAUUAGAACUUGCGGCUCCUCGGCGUAUCACGCUGAAUGCGAAAGCAUGGCAACGCACGAAGAAGAUGCAACAAGUCGAAUUGUGAGGGUGAAAUUAAAAGAGGAAGAAAAAAUUAAAAUCCAAGAUGAAGAAGACAUGUUAUUCGUUGGACACCAAUACGGAGAAAAACCACUACUUUUAGACGACGAAUUGGACUCAGAUUGCGAAAUAAAAUGGUCCCAAAUCGAAAAGAAAAACGUUAUUGUAAGACCAACUAAUUUAUGGAUAAAUCCCCCAAAUUCUUUUGACGAAAAGAAUGAUGUUUUCGCAAUGGCGCCUUUUAACAGUAAUAAAAAAUCAAUUAAAAUCAAGCUUAAUGAAAUCAACGAUGAAACUCCAAGAUUAGAAACUCCAAUGUUUCAAAGUACCCCAAAUAAAUCAAAUUGUUUCGAAGAAACAACAACAACAACCACCAAAAAGAACUUAAAUCCAUUCCUAAACGAUUUUAAUAACUCAGUGGUACAAAGCACCUCAAAAUUCGGAACAGUCACAGUCAAUUCAAAUCAAAACGUAAAUAAUCUCCACUCAAACAGUUUCCCAUCGACCCCAAUAACCCCCGGGAAAAUAGAACAAUUUGUUUAUUUCCCCGAAAAUCAAAAACAAGAAAUAAUUUACGAAAACGUUAAAUUACCUCAAAUAAGCCGCUUCGAAAAUGACUUUGAAAUAAAUAAUUUCGAAUUUAAACCUCGCGUCAUGUUUCAAGAACAACGAAAUGUUUCAAUCGAAGAAGAGAAAUCCGAUAAUCAAAUUUAUUAUAAAUAUAAAAAAGAUUUGCGUAAAAAAGAAAAAGAUUUUUCAAAGAAAACUAAGUACUGUUUGAUUGAUGAGGGUACUCCCCCUUCGGAUGAUUCGCAUCAAAAAUUGAAAGCGUCCAAAAAGGGGGUUAAGGUGAAAAAGAUUAAUAAUAAGUCGUCCUCGAAAAGUCAUCACCAAGCGGGUUUUAGUAACAUGAGUUUUGAAGAUUUUCCUUCGGACGAAACGGAAGAAAUUAAUCAAAAUUCGGUGAUGCCGUUUGAAGUUGUGAGAAGUGCCGUCGAUGAAAGACAAAAGUACGCCAGCUUGAAGAGGAGGCCGAAAGCUUUUUCUUGAGGUACGGCGAAUAUUUUUAAAUCUUCCUAUAAAAUUAUUACUGAAUAAAAUAAAAUUCAACGAAGAAAAUAGUAAAUUGUAGGAGUAACUCGAAUAGGAAUGAAAAUAAAUUUAUGGGGUGAUUAAAAUGUAA